AGGGUUCCGCUCCACCGGCAGCGGCUCGGCCGCCCCGGGCGCCCCAGCUAGGCGGGAAUAUAGCGAAGGGGGAAGCAACAUCUCCACGGUUGCCGCAGCCCUUCGGCCACCGUCGGCGGGGCGGGAACGGACAUGACGUUUAUUAACUUCCUGUGGCGACCCUGCGGAGCGGAACGCGGCGCGGGGAGGAGAAUAUUGCUAUGUUGGUGUCUCAGAUAAACUAUGAGUGAAUUUCGGAUUCACCGUGAUGUCAAUGAGCUGCUCAGUCUGCUGCGCAUCCAUGGUGGGGGCGGGGCUGAGGUCUACAUUGACCUGCUGCAGAAGAACCGGACACCAUAUGUUACAACCACAGUCUCUGCCCACAGUGCCAAGGUUAAAAUUGCAGAAUUUUCUCGUACUCCUGAGGACUUUUUAAAGAAGUAUGAUGAACUGAAGUCUAAAAAUACAAGGAACCUUGACCCGCUGGUAUACCUGUUAUCAAAGCUCACAGAAGACAAAGAGACACUGCAGUAUUUACAACAAAAUGCAAAGGAAAGAGCUGAGCUCGCAGCUAAUGCUGCCACCAGCAGCAGCACCAGCUUCAGCAUUCCUGUUGCUGCCUCUAAGAUGUCCACACAGGAGCUAGAAGAGCUGAGGAACCAGUUUGGGGGUGUGGCUACAGGCUCCACACUGCAGCAGUCUCUGGAACUUACAAGAAAGAUGCUUCGAGACAAACAGAACAAAAAAAAUUCAGGCCAGCCCCUUCCGGUCUUCCCAGCAUGGGUAUAUGAGAGGCCAACACUGGCUGGAGAUUUCCUGAUUGGUUCGGGCUUAAGCUCAGACACGGCUUUGCCUAUAGGUACACUGCCCUUGGCCUCCCAGGAAUCAGCAGUGGUGGAAGAUCUGCUCUAUGUGCUUGUGGGUGUGGAUGGCAGGUACAUCACUGCUCAGCCCUUGGCUGGGAGGCAGAACCGUACCUUCCUUGUGGACCCCAACCUGGACCUGUCCAUCCGGGAGCUGGUAAACAGAAUCCUCCCUGUGGCUGCCAGCUACUCUACAGUAACCAGGUUCAUUGAGGAGAAAUCUUCAUUCGAAUAUGGGCAGGUGAACCAUGCCUUGGCUGCUGCUAUGAGGACCCUGGUAAAGGAAUACUUGAUCCUGGUCACACAACUGGAACAGCUGCACAGGCAGGGCCUCCUGUCACUGCAGAAGCUCUGGUUCUACAUCCAGCCAGCCAUGCGGACCAUCGACAUCCUCGCCUCUCUUGCCACUUCAGUGGAUAAAGGCGAGUGUGUGGGCGGAUUGACGCUGAGCCUUCUCCAUGAUAGGAGCUUCAACUACACAGGGGACAGCCAGGCGCAAGAACUGUGCCUCUAUCUGACCAAGGCGGCCAGUGCACCCUACUUUGAGAUCCUGGAGAAGUGGAUCUACAGGGGCAUUAUUCAUGACCCAUACAGUGAGUUCAUGGUGGAGGAACACGAACUGCAAAAGGAGAAGAUCCAGGAGGACUACAAUGACAAGUACUGGGACCAGCGCUAUACUGUGCUGCCACAGCAGAUCCCAUCCUUCCUGCAGAAGGUAGCAGGCAAGAUCCUCAGCACAGGAAAAUAUCUAAAUGUGGUCAGAGAAUGUGGUCAUGAUGUCACCUGUCCCGUAGCCAAGGAGAUCAUCUACACACUCAAAGAGCGAGCAUACGUGGAACAGAUUGAGAAGGCAUUCAACUAUGCCAGCAAGGUGCUGCUGGACUUCCUCAUGGAGGAGAAGGAGCUGGUGGCCCACCUGAGGUCCAUCAAACGCUACUUCCUGAUGGAUCAGGGGGACUUCUUUGUGCAUUUCAUGGACCUUACUGAGGAGGAGCUCAGGAAGCCAGUAGAGGACAUCACACCCACACGCCUAGAGGCUUUGUUGGAGUUGGCCCUGCGAAUGAGCACUGCUAACACUGACCCCUUCAAAGAUGACCUCAAGAUUGACCUGAUGCCUCAUGACCUCAUCACUCAGCUUUUGCGGGUUCUGGCCAUUGAGACCAAGCAGGAGAAGGCAAUGACUCAUGCUGACCCCACGGAGCUCACACUGAGUGGUCUGGAGGCCUUCUCCUUUGACUACGUUGUCAAGUGGCCCCUGUCACUGAUCAUCAAUAGGAAGGCACUCACCCGCUACCAGAUGCUCUUCCGACACAUGUUCUACUGUAAGCACGUGGAGAGGCAGCUCUGCAGUGUCUGGAUCAGCAACAAGACCGCCAAGCAGUAUGCGCUGCACUCAGCAAAGUGGUUUGCUGGUGCUUUCACUUUGCGGCAGCGAAUGCUCAACUUUGUCCAGAAUAUUCAGUACUACAUGAUGUUUGAAGUGAUGGAACCAACCUGGCACAUCCUUGAGAAAAACCUGAAAUCUGCUUCCAACAUUGACGACGUGCUUGGCCACCACACAAGUUUCCUUGACAACUGCCUGAAGGAGUGCAUGCUGACCAACCCUGAGCUGCUGAAGGUUUUCUCCAAGCUUAUGUCUGUGUGUGUCAUGUUCACCAACUGUAUGCAGAAAUUUACACAGAGCAUGAAGCUGGACAGUGAGCUGGGCCGGCUGACACUCGAGCAGGGUAGUGCACAGGGGCCACCCACAGAGACUGAGCGGACUGAGGAGCGCCCCCGCAAGGAGCCUACCAGGAAGCACCUGUCCGAGCAUGUGGAUACUCCUCAGCUGGCCUCUGGGUUCGAGGCCACCAUCAAUAACUUUGACAAAAACUUUUCUGCCCAUCUUCUUGAUUUGCUGGACCGACUAAGCAUCUACAGCACCAGUAACUAUGAACAUGGCAUGGCCAGCGUCAUCUCCAGGCUGGAUUUCAAUGGUUUCUAUGCCGAACGCCUGGAACGUCUGUCUGCAGAGAGGAGUCAGAAGGCUGCUCCCCAAGUGCCCAUCCCAAGGGGGCCCCCAGCAUCAACACCCAGAGUGGCCAUCCCUGCACAAUGAGCUCCCUUUUUAAAUACCAUCUUUCUGAACGUGGGCGUUGGUGUUAUUAUUGUUUAAGUGUGGUUUGAGAUUCCAUCUUGGCUCGAUGAGUUCCUUUUUCAAGGUACUAGAUUUCCUUUUGGAAGCUUUUCAGAGGGCUGGAGAGAUAGCUUAGUCAGUACGUGCUUUCUGUGCAAGUGUUAGGACCUGAGUUCAGAUCCUUACCAUCUUAGUUAGGGCUUUCGUUGCUAUGAUGAAACACCAUAGCAAAAGCAACUCAAAGAGGGUAGGGUUUGUCUCAUCUUAUAGCUUGUAAUCUAGUCCAUCAUCCAGGACAAUCAGGGCAGGAACCGAUACAGAGGCCAUGGAGGAGGGCUGCUUACUGGCUUUCUCCCAUGGCUUUCUCGACCUUGCUUUUUUUUAUCAUCACACCCAGGGCCUGCUCAGAGGCAACACUGUCCACGCUGAGCUGGCCCUUCCUGUUUCAAGCAUCAAUCAAGGAAAUGCACCACAGAACAGCCUUGUGGGGCAUUUUCUCAGUUGAGGUUCCCUCUUCUAAAAUGGCUCUAUCUUAUUUGAAACUGAUGUAAAUUUCACCCAAUACACCACCUGUAUAAAAAGUUGAGUGUAGUGGAACAUUCUAUUCCCAAUGCUGGGGCAGGGAGAAAGGGUUCCUAGGGCUUCCUGACCAGCCAGUCUAGCUAAAUCAUGAGGUCAAGAGACUUGUCUCUUAAUUAAUUAAUUAAUUAAUUAAUUAAUUAAUUAAAAAUAGGAUGGAUGGUAAUAGAGGAAGUAACUGGUAUCAGUCUCUCGCUUCUACAUGCACAAGCAUGCACACAAACACAAACAAAUAUGUACAUGUACUUGCAAAAGGAAUAAAAACGAAAGCUGACUGUA